AUGUCGGGCGGCCAGGGCUCCGCGCGCCGGCCGCCGCGCUCGGGCGGAGGCGGCGGGAGCACCCUGCCCGCCAGCGGCUUCACCUACGUCGGCAACAGGCAGCCGCUUACCCUCAACAACGGCGCGCCGGCGCCGCACCUCAACAACGGUUCGCUUCGCUCGUUGCCCGACAAGGGGAAGCGCAACGGGACGCCGUGCCGGCCGGACGACUUCAAGCGAAACCUCGACGCGCGCUAUUCGCGCAAGCGGGAAAACGGGUACCUGCGUCCCUUCGAAAGCGUGCUGGGGCUGGGCCGAGGGCCGGAUCGCGACGCCGACUACGGCGAGCCCGAGUACUCCGUCAUCGCCGAGAGCUUCGCGCGAGACGACUACUGCUCGCACUCGAACACCUUCAACUGUUGAGACGCCCGCUCCGAACCUGUCGACUUUGUGAUUUUGAAAUUCUAGCAAUAAUUCUUCAUUCCGUUAAGUUUUCUGGAAACGUUCCGCGGAGGAACCCGGCGGUCCAGUGUCGGUGUCCCGAGACGUUUCGUCGAGAGAGUACCAUAUUUGUAAAUUAUUUAAUAUAAUAUUUAAGUAUAAGUAGCGAUGGAUCUAUUUUUCAAUGGAAUGUAAGCUGAAAGCCGAAAGUGAAACUUUCGGCCGCGAGCCGGUUUCGUAUCGUUCGUAAUUUUAAGAUUAGGUCUGUACAUAAAAGUAAAUUCUUCGAUAGAGCAAUAGUUGUCUAGUGUGAAGCAAUAACGCAUGCGAGCCGACGAUACGAAGCCGCCGGCGAGGGCGUACAAUUGACUAGUCGUUAUAAGUGUAGUGAGGAGUUCAUGUUGUGAUCUGUGACGUCUACCGUGCGGUGCAAACUGCGACGGUGGCUCGAAGAAACUUGAUUUUGUACAAAAGCCAUUCCAUUAAACGGUCGCUCUCGAAGGAACACGUCGGAGACCGGGACUCCUUCCCGUCUGCGAUGUGUGUCUCCGGGUGCGGCGUCUAUUGUCUUAUAAAUUGAUUCAUAGAUGAAAUAAGUGUGCGUUAAGACACCAAUGUGUAAGAAGAUAUUAGGUAGCUUUAAUGAUUAAGAAUGUAAAUAUAUUUAUAAUACAAUGAGAUAUUUAUAAAAUUUAAUGCGGUCUCGUUCUAAAUGAUGAAAAAACUGUCUCUCGUCUCGUGAUGACCGAUGACUUCGAUCUUGAUCUUAUUAUACUUUGUAUGUUAUACGCGUUAUAUGUACCUACACUACACUCUGUAGAUAUGAAGCACUCAUUUUCUAAUAUUAUAACACGUUUUUACGCUCAAUCAUAUUUAAAAUUAAUUUUUAUAGUUAAGAAAUUGUAUAAAAUUUUGCCUUUAAUAGACCAUUGUAAUCGUAACCAAUUCUGAUAACAACGAGAACAUUUUUCUCUCACCGAUCGGGUAUCGGUUUGAGGGAGCCUAUAAAAAAGGUUAAUAAAUC